CGGCCCCGAGGAUCCCCCGUAGGCAGGUAAAGAGUGGCCGGGCAGAAUGGCGGUUCCGGGUAGGCGCAAUGGCCUAAACGACGACGACGACGACAACUUCGAAGAUGACAAUGCCCUCUUUGAAGAAAAUGGCCUAUUGGAGCUUGAUGAAAUUGAUACGCCUCCUCAUCUCCGCGACCUAGCUGUCGCCUCUCAGUUUGGUGACCUCGAUAACCUCCGCCUUGCUCUAGAUAACUUGACUGGAAGUAUUGAUGAACCUGUAGAAGAUGGGGAUACCGCUCUACAUCUGACCUGCUUAUAUGGCCAUUUAUCGUGUGUUCAGCUACUUCUGGAAAGAGGAGCGAACAUGGAAUGUAAGGAUGAAGAUGGUGCUAUUCCAUUACAUGAUGCUUGUGCAGGAGGGUAUGCUGAGAUAGUCCAACUGCUACUUAACAGAGGUGAUAAUGGCAAUGCAGAGCAUAUAAGGAGGAUGCUUGAAUCAGUUGAUUCAGAGGGUGAUACGCCUCUCCAUCACGCUGCUAGAGGCGAGCAUGUUGAUGUCAUUAGGUUAUUGCUGUCUCAUGGUGCAUCUCCCACAAAGACCAACUUAUAUGGAAAGACCCCAGCAGAAUUGCCUGACCACGGCACAGACGCAAGGAGAUUGCUGGAAGCCGCGGCUGCUAGUUCCAUACCAUCUCACUAGCAGUGUGAUUGGUGUGACGCGUUGAGAUUCAUGUAAACAGAUAUUCUAGUUUUGAUGUCGAUCCGUUAAGCUAUUGCUUGGAUAGUGCUGGAAAUUCAAAAGUGAUACUACAGAGAACACGUCAGUUCCUUUUUAGUUUUUACCUUUAUGCUGAUUUCAGACGAUGAUCGUAUUUAGGCCAGAUUAGGAAAACUUAGAUGCGUGAGCUUAAUAUUUCAGGUUAGCUUAUUCAAUCAUAAGAAUAUGUGAACUUUUUGUUCCAUCUCAAUAAUUCAGCCGCUCACUCCC